AUGGGACGAUCAAAAAAAGGAAAGAAAGGCAAGCCCUCUGCACCCAAGACUGACGACCAUACUCCCCAACCCUCCCAGGCCGCUGUCCCAGCACGGCCCGGCGGGCCAGAGAACAUGGCAACGACCGGCCCAUCGGGAGGCACGGCGCCGUCGACCUCGUCGACACCCAAACGGGAGCCGGCGACGGCGCCAUCGACCUCGGCACCUCAACUGGUGGUGGCGCCAUCGACCUUGGCACCUCAACCGGUGACGGCGCCAUCAACCUCGGCACUUCAGCCGCCUGCGCCCUCAGCCUUUGCGCUCCAGCCGCCUGCCUCAUCAACCUCGGCACUCAAGCUGCCUGCGUCGUCAAGCUUUGUGUUCAAGCCGCCUGCGCUCUCUGUAGCAGGCACGCCGCCUACUGGGCUUGCGCCGCCCCUUGGAAUGUCCAGCACUCAGUUCCGUCCGCCUGUCUUCAACUAUGUGCCGCCGGGAGCGCGCAGCGCGUCUUUUGGGCCGACCAGCUCCGUCAGCCAAGCCCCGCCACCCAAGGUCCCGACGCUCUUCGGAGCACCCAGCAUGAACGGGUCGACUUCCAGACACGUCGAGGACCUCGAGAAGCUCCUCCGUGCGGACACCACUAUCGUUGAUGACUUCAGCAAGCCCGAUCCCGACGGUUCUUGCUAUCGUGCCAUCACACUCCAGCACACCCCCUCGCACGCGUCGGGGAUUGCGACAUGCGCGGCCGGCAACCGCUGCGCCUGGUCCAGCCGCAACUCGGUGGGCACUGCCAGCAGCGCUGCUGUCGGCGAAGCGUUUGCUCUCAUCAAUCGCCAGGCUAUCAAAGACGCCUACCGCAUCUGUGUCUUGCGCGGAGGCGGAAACAGCUGGAACGCCGGACGAUGCUUCUACCACAUCACCUGCUUCAGCCACAUGAUGAAAACGGAGCUUCUCUUUCUAGAUCGCAUCCCCUUCAAGCUCGACACACAGGCGGCUGCGCAUUGGGAGGAUCCGGGAGCUCGCCCUUGGGGCUUCAUGAUCCAGCAAUGGUACGACCUGAAGGGCAUGAUCAGCAUGAAGGAGGCCAUCCGGUACAUCCAGGCGGUAGAGACCUAUCGCGAAGCAAAGCGAAACGCUGGUCGGGCUUGGGCUGACUGGCAAGCCAAAAACCACAAUUCCGACAUCUUCUCGCGCAGCUUUCCCCCGCCCGUCUUCACGCAAAAGAAGCCAAAGCAGCGCGACUUUGACUUCAACUCCAGCAACUUGGUUGACCUCUAUCAGCUCCUGAACUCUCCCUACCGCGACUGGGUUGACAUGCGCUACUAAGAUGGACCAACCAUCGCUCCAAGGAAUCGAAUCAUAUCAGAGUCAUAAACGAUAGUCGGAC